UAUUUGUCGGCGCAGGGCUCUGAUUUUCGCUUUGAGCGAAUAAUUUCGCAGUUAAAUUCUUUGAAUUAAGAUUUUGUACGGCAUUUUUAACCAGCAAAUCCCGCAAAAUAGUUGAGAAAUUAUUGUGACAAAAUUAUUUAACGAUAGCAGUGCAGACAAAUAUUUAGUUAUAAAUUUAAAAUCUCCCUAUUUAUAGAGAGAUUUUUCACCCAAAUAUCAAAAAGAAAAAAGCUUGAACAAAAUUGUGAAAUACCAACAACAAAGAAGAAUUUUUAGUUGAAACAACUUAACACACGGGGAGGGGAAAUCACGCUGUCAAUUUCCUCGCAUAUUUUACAUUAGUUUUUGGCAAAAAUAUUAAAGAAAAUUAGUGUGAAAUAACAAAUAAACAAUAAUAAUGUUUGGAGGCACUAAACCGACUUUUGGCUCGGCCACUACUGGCACCGGUUUUGGUGGUUUUAAUAAUACCGCCACUUCCUCACCGUUCGGUCAGUCUGCGUUUGGCAAACCAGCUACAAGUGCGUUUGGUGCUGCUCCGGCAUUUGGAGCACAACAGACUACUCCUUCGUUGUUUGGUUCCAAUACAGCUCAACCUCAGACAACGGGUUUAUUUGGAGGUGCCAGCACAUCUACGGCAUUCGGAAGUACCACGACAACACAACCUGCAUUCGGCAAUUUUUCACAACCACAACAGAAUACUUCGAUUUUUGGAGCAGCCCAACCUCAAGCUAAUACAUCAUCAUUGUUUGGACAGCCAGCCGCUACUUCGGCCUUUGGGUCCGCUGUUAAACCGGCUGGAUUGGGUACUUUUGGACAAACUGCAGCACAGCCUUCGACUUCUUUGUUUGGGCAACCUGCAGCUUCGACUAGUACCAGUGGUUUUGGAACUUUUGGCCAAGCUGCACCAACCACAACAAGCGUUUUUGGAAGUUCAGCUUCGUCAGCAUUUGGUCAGCCCGCAAAUGCCGCCACGGCAGCAAAUCCUGGCACAUCAAUUGCCAAAUACCAACCAACUAUUGGAACUGAUACCCUUAUGAAGGGCGGUCAACCGAAUAGUGUAAACACCAAACAACAUUGUAUUACAGCCAUGAAGGAAUAUGAAGGCAAGUCCUUGGAAGAGUUACGAAUGGAAGAUUAUUUGGCGAAUCGGAAAGGUCCACAGGCCGGAGCCGCAGGUGGUUUUGGAGGUUUUGGUGCUACCACACAACCUGCUACCGGAACUGGCCUCUUUGGAGCAACAGCCCAGCCUAGCACUGGUUUAUUUGGUCAGCCUGCAGCAGGAGCAACUGAGAACAAAGGAUUAUUUGGCUCAACCAACACUGCUUUUGGUCAACCCGCCACUGGUGGUUUUGGUGCAGCAGCCUCACAGCCUUUUGGAGCCAAACCAUUUGGCGCAACAACUACUACUGGUUUUGGAGCAGCAGCAACUGAUAAUUCCAAUCCUUUUGGAGCUAAACCCGCUUUUGGACAAACCGCAGCACCGUCUUUAUUUGGUCAAACACCAGCUACAAGUGCUGCCCCUGCUUUUGGUCAAACGAAUACUGGUUUUGGAACCGGCUUUGGUACUACUGCUGGUCAACAGCAGCAACAGCAACCAUCAUUAUUUGGACAACCAGCAGCCGAUGCAAAUAAGCCAGCCUUUGGUUUAGGUCAGACUUCUACUGGUAAUACUGGAUUUGGUGGUUUUGGCACUACAGCCACUAGCACUGCUACUGGUGGACUGUUUGGAGCCAAACCGGCUACCGGGUUUGGUGCUGCCCCCGCAUUUGGUGCCACCUCUCAAGCCAACACAGGAUUCGGCAAUUUCUCCUUAAAUAAUACCAACGCCGGCGCUGGAGGCCUUUUCAAUUCAACACUGAACAAACCCGCCACAUCAGGCUUUGGCGCAUUUGGCACAAAUACAUCGACAGCUGCUCCAUUAAAUUUCAAUGCAGGAACUGGUCAAACUUCGCUAUUUGGUAAUACAGCUGCCAAACCAGGAGGUAUGUUUGGCACAUCACUAGGUACAGCAACAAACACAACUGGCGGAGGACUGUUUGGUCAGACAGGACAGUCACCAUUUGGUGGUCUAGGUAACCAAAUGAAAGGGUUCGGCCAAACUACUAACGAUGGUGGUCUUGGCACCUUAGGCGGUUUGCCCGGAACUCCUCAACAACAACAACAAGUGCCUAUACAUCAACAAAUUCUAUCAAAAGUGACUUCGCCCUACGGAGACAAUCCAAUUUUCAAGGAUCUUAAACGCAGUGAAGAAAAUGAUCCCACCAGAGCUACAAAUCCGGCCGCUCAAAAGGCAAUCAUGGAAAAUACCAGUACUAGUGGGCAACAGUUCAAAAUUUCAACUAAUUCCUCCCCAAGUAUAAUAAAAGUUAAACCGAUUGGUUCGGCUCUAACUAAGAAAUCCCUUUUCGAGGGGCUUGAAGAAUUUGAUGCCAGCGUGGAGAGCUUUAGCCUAAAGCCGAAUGCCAAACGUUUGAUACUGAAACCUAAAAACAACAAUACAAUGGGCGGUGUUGGCUCAGGCCAGCAAACUCCCGGUUCCGGUUCAAAUGCAAACACACCACAAAGACAAAUUACGCCUUUAACUUCGACCGGUUCUAAUAACAACCAACAAGAUAUACGCAAUGAAUCAUUUUCCGGACAAAUACCAACAGAGCCUUCAACAAAACAAUCUCCUGGAGCUGGUGGCAAUGUGGUUUCUUCAAAUGCUCCACCAAGCUCGGUUUUGGACGCCAGUCGUCGUGAGUCAUGGUUGCAUCCAAACAAUUUGGAAAAAGUUAGGCAACAUAAUAUAAAUGCAGGGCUUGAACCAGGUAGUUCUCAUAACAAUACAUUGACAGAACUAGUACCCCGCAAGCCUUUGGACACCUACCGUAAUGCACCUAACAGCGGACGUUUAUCGGUAUCUACAGUACCAGAAAACCCCUUUGAAGAUCAGAGCAUAAUUUCUUCAAGACGCGAUACUAGUGCCGCUGUAAACGAGAGCAUUGCUUCUUCUAAUCGAUCUUAUGCCGCCGACGAUAAAUCGAUACUGAUUGAAGACGCCCAAGCCGAAUAUGAAGAACAUCCCACUGGCAUUACAUUGAAGAGAAUGGGUUACUACACCAUUCCUUCUCUAGACGAUUUAAAAUCAUUUUUGGCCGAAGACGGUUCUUGUGUUGUGCCCAACUUUACGGUGGGUCGCGAAGGUUACGGCAAUGUAUACUUUGGCAAAGAAAUGGAUGUCGCCGGAUUGAAUUUGGAUGAAAUUGUUCAUUUUCGCAAUAAGGAAAUCAUCAUCUAUCCGGAUGAUGAUAAUAAACCACCGGUUGGUCAUGGCUUGAAUCGUGAAGCUCAAGUGACCUUGGAUCAAGUAUGGCCUUUGGACAAAAGUAAACAUGAACCUAUUAAGGAUGCUCAGCGUCUAAUGGAAAUGGAUUGGGAGGGCAAACUGCGUCGAGUCUGCGAUAAAAACGAAACCCGUUUCAUUGAAUAUCGUCCUGAAACAGGUAGUUGGGUAUUUCGGGUGAAACAUUUCUCCAAAUAUGGUUUAAAUGACAGCGACGAGGAAGAAGAUAUACCUACUGAUCCAAAAAAGGCCAAAAUGGGAGCCGCUGCUGUUGAUGCAGCAAAACAACAAGCUUUGGCACAAGCAGCUGCAGCAGCUGGUGCUAUUAAUGCACAUGAUAAAAUGACUUUGGCUGCUUUGAAAAAUGCGCAAAAAAUAUCUGAAGAUGCUGCCCGGGCUUUGGAUCCCAAGUCUUUGACAGCUGCUGGCUUCUAUCCCAUGGAUGAAUCUGCUGAGUUCAUGUUAAUGGACAAGACACAGUUCUUUCAAAACAAUGGCAACAAUGACUUUUCCAUGUUCGACCAUCCCCAGCAAGUAUUCAAACAGGGCUUGACUAGUCCAACGGCUACUCUGGCCAAGGACAUGGGUACUGAUGCUCAUAAGUUGCAAUUGAUGAAGGCUUCGUUUUUUAUAGAUGAUGAUCUGGAUAAUAAAUCAGCUUCAGAAUUUGGUCAUCAUGAUUUCAAUCGCAACAAACCAGGUGGCUUGUUUGGCAAACGUUUGCAGGAAAUGUAUGGCUCUGCUAAUUCUUUGUGGAAAGAUGGAAAUUCCGUGGGCAUGGGUGGUUUGGGUGGCAACUUAUCUGAAACCUCAAGUCAGGUUGAUUUUAAUGCUUCACCUCCUUUGCCCGCUUCGUCUGCUGAUUCUGGUUCAGUGAUGAGUGUUUUGAAAAGUCAACAAGAACAGCAAAUGGAGAAGUACCAAUCCGAUCACAAAUUACCCCCUCUUAUAGUAAAACCCAAAGUGGCCUCAGUCAAAAGUUUGGGAUCAAUAGUGCCUCUCGUCAAAUCAGUGGCAUUUCCAUUACGUUUAAAAUGGCCAGCCGAUUUGGGUUUAUACAAUUGUCGUCGUUUUAAAAUGGGCUUUGGACCACAGCAUACACUGAUUGUUCCCUCAACUAGAAACAAUUUGAAUCGAGAAAUUAAAUCUAAAAAUCUGCUUGACAUUGCUCCUGCUAUUUUCAAAAGUCGUGGUGCAAACGAUUAUUCGCCCACCAUAUUGCAACAUUUAAAAAUUUCCGCCACCCAGUCGUAUGAUAACUUCGAAGAAAGUAUAGUUGAUCAUUUGCAAAUACAAUUGCGGAAUUCACAGCAACAAGAUGUAGAAGGCAGUGAGUGUCCAUAUAUAAAAUCAGAUGGUGGCACUGAACUUAUUGUAAAGCACUUAGACGAAGCCAUAAAAUUGAUUAACCUUGGUCCCUUAGAGGAAUAUGCAGUGUCUGUUUGGUCUCUCUGUUUGGCCUUGUGGGGUGAUCAUGAGGAGUUGGAGGGUCGUGAAGCAACCUCACAUUUUGUCGUCAUGUGUCGUCGUAAUUUAUUGUCGGAAUGGUUGGAAAACACUCUUACCGAUAAGGAUUUGUUGACAAAAACCGUAUCCAAACAUACAUAUUUGGAACAUCUAGUCGAUUUGAUAAUGUGUCAUAAGGUAACGGAGGCCUGUGAAUUGGCCUUUAAUUAUGAUGAUGUCAAUUUGUCCCUAUUGAUGUCGCAAAUGUCAUCUGGUCCUGUUGUAAGGCAACUAAUGGAAGAUCAAUUGGCUGCCUGGAAUGCCGAUAAGGCGGACCAGUUUAUACAAGUAGAACGUUUAAAAUUAUUCAUGUUGGUUGCUGGUAUUUCUCUAAUGGCUUCUAGUCAUGGCGUAAUCAAUUGCCUAGAGGGUAUAGAAUGGAUUAAAGUAUUGGCGCUGCAAUUGUGGUAUUUAUCUUCCCCUACCUCUUCUAUAACGGAUGCCUUAUUGGCUUAUGAGAAAUCCUUCAAGUCUGAGGAAUUUUAUUCUCUACCUCCCACGCCAGUUUACAUGGAAAAUGUUUCUCAUUACAACGAUAAAGACACUAUUUAUGAUUUACGUUUUCAUUUAUUGCAACUAUUUUCAAAACGUAGUCAUCCCUUGGAAAGUCUGCUCAAUCCAGCCACUCACACUGCAGAUCCCAUGGAUUAUCGUUUAAGUUGGUUACUUUUGCAAACUUUAGAAGCCUUGGGCUAUCGUCAUUGUUCUGAAUUAAGCGAGUCUCAACUGCAUGUGGGUUUUGCUGCUCAACUGGAAAACAAUGACCUGUGGGAAUGGGCAAUAUUUGUUUUAUUGCACAUCAAAGAUAAAAAUCAACGUGAAUUGGCCGUACAAAAUGUUCUCUAUCGUUAUGUGUCUGUUUCAAAAGAUGUGGCUUUAAAUGAAAAAGAAAAAUUUGUUAUCAAUAAUUUGGGCGUGCCAGAGAAAUGGAUUGAUUAUGCCAAGGCAGUAAGGGCUGGCUCCAUACACAAUUAUCAUUUACAAGCAAAAUAUCUGCUCAAGGCCAAACAAUGGUCUUUGGCUCACGAGAUAAUAUUUCAGCAUAUUGCCCCAGAUGCUGUCACCAAUGAUAAUUUGGAAUACUUACAUCAUUUAUUAACACAAUUUGAAAAUCCGGAUCUAAAUAAGAGUAUUAAGGUGCCCAACUGGUCCAAUCAAGGACAAAUAUUCUUGGAUUUCAUAGACAUUAAUGAAAAGUUCAAGGGCCUGAAAUCCCUCAAAACCGAAGCUGAUAUCGAGGCACGAUGGGAGAACUUGAAGCCUCAAUUGGCUGAUCUAUGCUCGCGUAUUAAUCUUUUACCCUGCCCCACACCCAAACAUCGUUUGUGCCAGAGUGAAAUUGCCCAAAAUUUAGCGUGUUUAGUUCGGGGUGUUUUACUUGUUUGUCCCAUUCUCAAUCCUUGUCUUAUAAUAAAAAUUGCUUUGGAACGUCUGCCCCUACCGCAAGAAUUUGCUCAACAGGAAUUACGAGCAUUGCUCGAUACAUUGGUGGGUGAUUUGUCGAAAACACAAUUAAGCAAUACAGAACUUAUCACUGUUAAAUAAUGUUCAAGAUUUAAAAAAAAAAAAAAACUAUUUUGUUACGGGAAUUAAAAAAUUAGUAGUGUAUUUUUAAGCCUAUUUUUGUUCUAUAAACUUUAUGUUUCAGGAAAUAAAAUUAUUCUCCACUUCUACUCCUUUCUAUCUCUAUUGUUUUUGUUGUACUUUAAAUAACAUUUCAAUACUUUUAACUAAUUUCUUUAUAAAUAACACUCUAUCAUUAAUUAAUAUAAUCUAAUUUUAACCCACUUUUCUAAUUAUAAUGGCAACAAUUCUUUUUUUUUCACUUUAAUUUUUAGUAAAAAAUACAACAUACAUUUAAAUUAAACACACUGUUAAAAAAAAUAAACAAAUAUCAAUAAAAAGAAAAGAAACUUUAUUUUAGUUAAUAAUAAAAGAUUU